GAUUCUUUCAUUGAGAUGGAAGUUUGGAAUGAAAUUGCAAUUGCAAAAGUGAAGAAAAGAAAGAUAUGCAACAAAUCAUCAUCUUUCAUUGCCAUUCAUUUCCCACUUUUCCUUAGUCCUUUCAAUCUCGUUUUCCAAAAAUCCAUUGACAAAAAGGAAAAGAUGACACCACUUUUAUUUACACUCUUAGCAUUAGAGAUGGGAUUGAUCAUAAUUCUUCUGUUUCACUCACCUAUAAGGAACCUAGUCGUUACAGGGUUAGAUCGUUUGAAGCAAGGUAGAGGCCUUGUAGCCUCAAGAACCCUUACAACGAUAUUAUCAGUAGUUUUUGUGUUCAAUCUUUAUGGUAUUUAUAAAAAUCAAAAGCACAUGAUGGAGGUUGGUGUCACUAAUCCAACUGAUCGAGUUCUUUUGUCCAAUCAUAUUCUUGAGGCCUCGCUCAUGGGUUUUUGUUUAUUCUUGGGAUUGAUGAUAGACAGACUUCAUUACUAUGUCAAGGAGUUGUGGUUGUUGAGAAAGAGCUUGAAGGCUAUUCGUAAUCAGAUUGGUGAUUCUGAUUUGAUUCAACCCAUCAACAAAAACAAGAAAAUUUAAAGCACACAUUCAUACAAAUUGAAUCAACCUUCGUUUGUAAAUGAAAGAAUAAAGUCAUACUGUAAUUACUAAUGGAUUGAUUAAAAUAAUAAUGUCACUCAGCUUUGUGUAA